UCUUCAAUAAUCUAACGAUAAAUCUUCGCGAGAAAUCAGUUGCCAAAAAGGAAAGAGUGUUUGAAGGUUGACCUAACUUGAUCUCUGUGUUCAUUGGUCGUUGCUUGAAACUUGAAACAGUGACUAUGAUGAUAUUUAAUCUUCCUAGGGAUCUGCUGGAGGAGAUUCUCGCUAGGGUUCCGGUGAAAUCUAUAAGAGCAGUGCGAUCUACAUGCAAAAACUGGAACGUUAUAUCUAAAGAUGAGAGAUUUGCCAAUAAGCACAUUGGCAAAGCAGCAGCAAGAGAAAAGCAGUACCUUAUAAUUGGGGAUUCCAUGGAUUAUUUGAGUAGCGUCAAGCUCUAUGAAACUCACAAUAAAAAGUUUGGUUUAUCCAUAAACGGUAAAGCUAUAAGUAUUGCACGAGACCAUUCAGAUCAAACACUCUAUAUAUCUGAAGUCUUUCUCUCCAAUGGUUUACUGCUAUAUGUAUGCAGAAACACCACAAGCAUCAGUAGGCUUUUGCUUUGGAACCCUUAUUGGGGGAAAAUAAGAUGGAUCGAAUGCCCAGUAUAUCGUUCGUUUGAAAUUUUGGCAUUUGGGUGUGACAAAUCUUGUGGUAGCCACAAGAUUUUGAGGUUAAGCAAAGAUAACCCUGACAACCACAUGAUGGACAUCUACGAUUUGAGCUCUGAUUCAUGGAGGACUGUUGAUGUAGCUUUUGACAAGAAUGUGGGGUCUUCUGAACCUGGCUUGUCUUUGAAGGGAAAUACUUUUUGGUGUGCUAGCGAUAAUGAAUCCAAAGAUUAUUUCUUACACUGUUUUGAUUUUACAAGAGAGAGGUUUGGACCACGUCUACCUCUGCCUCCGUCCUCUUACUCUAGAUAUUGUGUUUUUCUAUCUUCGGUUAAAGAAGAGAAGCUUGCUGUGUUAUUUUCACCAUGGAGUACUUUUGGGUUUGAUAUUUGGGUUACAAAUAAGAUUGAAGAUCCCUACGUGGUUUCGUGGAGCAGAUUCUUCAAAGUUGAAACUGAAAAAACGAUACAAGACAUUGAUCGUGGUUUUAGGUCUGGCUACUUUUUUAUUGACGAGGAGAAGAAGAUCACUGUGGUUUUUGAUAUAUAUGGCGUAACUGACAGAUCAUACAUCUGUAGUGUGGAGAGUGGUCAUUUCAGAAAAGUAAAUCUCAGACCAUUAUCAGGAGCUUUCCAACUUGUGGGAUGUUAUGUUCCAAGCUCUGUGCAAAUUUAAGUAACAGAUUGGUGAUUAGUCCAUUUACAUGUUCUUUCAAACAGCAAUAAAUUCGAAGCUCUAUAUAAUUUCUUCGAUCUACACAACAUAUGAUAAAGAAUUUAUUUAUUUAAAUAUCUUAAAAGAGAGAGCUUUUCCUCUCUUUUCUUUACUUUUGUACCAUCUAAGCAGCAGUCCAUAGCUUCUUCAAAUAUCUUCAAACUAAUUUUGCUUAAAACUCUGUUUUUGUUUCAUUUAUAUGUUUUUCUAAUUCCACGUGUGAGGAUGACAUCGCAGGUAUCCAGGGCUGACUUUAGUUGUGUUUUGCUGAAGCAUUCACUUUACGUGUGUUUUAUUCUGUUCUCACUUAUUUUUCAUUAACAUUAGCAUGUAAAAUAACCUUGAAAUUACCAACUCAGAAGUGCCUUGCAUCUGAAGCCAUGUAAUGGAGUUGCGAAGUGAAGAUUGCUUCACCUGCUUAUAUUAGACUCCAUCAUCAUUCGAUUCUCAUAAAGAAACGAAACCUUAAACAAACACAGAAAAAGGGAAAGCUAAAAUCUUGAGGUUUUACAAUAGUAAUUUCGACAUAUACGAUUUGAGCUCUAACUCAUAGAGCGCUCCUAA